CAUAAAUGUUCCUACGGUAUCCGUACCGCAUGGAAUAAUUGCAGCUGUCCCUACUGCUCGCUUUCGUCAUUGCCACGACCCUUUCAUCUGAAGGUUUCCUCUCCCUGAGCCUGAAAGGUCCCAGAGGCCCGCUGCCUGAACGUCUUAACCGCUUACACCCUUCCAUGCCCACCGGCGAAAACGACAUCACUAACUUCCUCGCCCAUAAGGUAGCAUCCGUACCUACCUACCUACCUACUACCUAUUAAACAGCAAACAACACCGGGGCGUGUCCCAUUGCCUUUGCCUUUGCCUGUUUCGUACACCCAAACGAAGUCGACCUCUCGGAAACAGGAGAGGGGGAAAGCGGCCCUGUACCUCUUCCGCCUCUUGGCUUGCCGAAUCGAUCCAAUCUCAAUCUCGACCCCGAUCCCCAGACCCAGACCAGACCCAGACGCCAGUCACGAAUCCGGGACCCAGACCCAGACUCGAUCCGAACCGGCCCCCUUUCCACUCCCACCCUACCUACCUACCAGCCUAUUUUACCUACCUACGUAGCCAUCUACCCAUUGGCCGCUGACAAGAGACAUCAAGCCUGUCUGCCUCUCGAUCUCUGCCCUCGCAUCUCGCAUCUAGCAUCUCGCAUCUCGCGUCUCGCAUCUCGCCUGCGUCAACCUGUCUCACCUCGGACAGCCAGCUCUUCAGCCGGUGAUGGACGCCGCGAUACCAAGCUGAACGACAUAGGAGCCAGCAAUUCUUCUCUUCUAAACCCCCUUACCCUUUAUGACGGGACUCUCGGCAAUCAACAAGAAGCUACACAAUAUGGCGGCCACAGUUGCGCAUGCCAAUCCGGUACCGAAUCAGAUCGGCGGAGGAGGCCUCUCCAAGAUGAUGGGCGGCGGGGGUGGUAGUAAUAGCAACGGCCACGGCCAUGCGCAACAGCAGCAUGCCGACGCUGGAGUUGGCCCCGUCGCAACCCGGAGGUUGACUCCCCAGGACUUCCGCGUCGUGAGGACACUCGGAACCGGUACCUUUGCCCGAGUCUGCCUCGUAAGGCCCGCCAAUGCGACCGACGAGGAGCGCGAUACCGUGUUUGCUCUGAAGAUCUUGCGGAAAACAGAGGUCAUCAAGCUCAAGCAGAUCGACCAUGUCCGCCACGAGCGCAUGAUUCUCGGCGACGUCGCUGGCCACCCCUUUAUCACGAACCUCAUCUCAUCCUUUGCCGACCGCGAUCACCUGUACAUGCUGCUCGACUACGUCCCUGGCGGCGAGCUGUUCAGUUACCUGCGCAAGUUCCGCCGUUUCGACGAGGAAACGGCCCGCUUCUACGCCGCAGAGAUCGUCUUGGUGCUCGAGUAUCUGCACGAGCAACAGGGGAGGGUCGCCUACCGCGAUCUCAAGCCCGAGAACCUCCUGCUGGACGGCGAGGGCCACAUCAAGCUGGUCGAUUUUGGCUUCGCAAAGAGGUUGAGUAAUAGCGCCGGCCAACCGAUCGAGACGUACACCCUCUGCGGCACCCCCGAGUACCUCGCCCCCGAAGUGAUCCAUAACAAGGGCCACACGACGGCUGUCGAUUGGUGGGCGCUUGGCAUCCUGAUUUACGAGUUUCUGACGGGCUACCCACCUUUUUGGCACCAGAACCCUAUCGAGAUCUACAAGCAAAUUGUCGAGAAGCCGGUAAUGUUCCCGCACGACCCGCCCGUUUCGGCCGAGGCACAAGACUUGAUCAGGUCGUUUUGCACCGUGGAUCGAUCCCGGCGGCUAGGCAACAUCAGCGGAGGGGCCGCCAUGGUCAAAGAACAUGCCUUUUUCCGGGGCGUCAACUGGGACGAUAUCUACAACCGCCGCGUACGGGGCCCCAUCAUCCCGCCGAUUCGGUAUCCAGGCGACGCCCAAUGUUUUGACAUUUACCCCGAAGACGACGGCAAGCGGGAACCGUACACGGACGACAUGGUCCAGAAAUACGACCAGUAUUUCAAGGAUUUUUGACGAUAUCUCGACAGAAUUUUUGUUUUGACUUCUUUUUGCACGAAUCAUGCGCUGGGAGUUGUUUGCUCGGAGAUGCCGGAUCUUCGUGUUUUUUUCGUGUUUUUUUUGCAUACCUUUUAUGAUACUCCAACAUGUAACUGUACCAAAUGCGGUUUGGGAGCGAAGGUUAAGAGGAGGAGUGAAGGUUGAUAGUUGCGACAGACGAUGGCAAAUGCUUCUAGGCCUCGUGUACGAGGAACUGGCGCACGCCAGUCCAAAUGGUGGGGGGAUUCUGCUGGUCAAGCCCUGGAUAAGCAACUACGGGGAAGGAUUAUCAUUUAUGGCGUUUAAGCGGCGUUCACAGGUCGCGUCUACCACAAAGGAGGCGAGCCCAUGAAUCUCAUCUGGAAUACCGGAGGAGAAAAGCUCAGAUCAAAGAAUAGAAGAGGAGCUUCAAGUUGCCUCGGUAUGGAU